AUGGAUGAACAUGCUCACUGGGGUCUAGCGGCAGAGUUGUUCUAUGUUCGCGAGGGCGUUGUCAACGAGUACGCCAUGAACUGGAUAGUCCCCGUGAAGGCCGACGUGCAUUCGCUCUAUUUCACAUGGCAAGCCACCUCCAAGAAACAGGUGCUUUACAACCUAGACAUCUGGGUGAACGACACGGACGACCCCGGCAUGCGUCCGGCGAUGGCAGCCCCCUCCGUGAACGUCUCCCUGACGGGGACGGUGCCCCUGGAACCGGAGACCUUCCGGCUCGACCUCCCCUGCACGGGGAGUCGGAGCGCCGAGGUCGACGUCACCAUGAACAUCAACGUCACUUCCCCUCGACCCAAACAGCCCCCGACCGUCCUCUUCUUCAAGAGGCGCAAGAUCUGUCUCGAAGGUCAAUCAGCUGAGAUGUACUCGCCGCACCUGGGUCCUUUAGGCGACCACGGCGACAGCCUACCUGUGUUCUACUACAUCGUCUCCGUCCUAGCAGGUAUCACCCUGGUCGUCACUGUCAUCGUCGGUGUCGCCUUCUUCAGGAGAAGAAAAUUGAAGAGGGACACCGAUCACAGAAUCCUCGGCAUCAGCACAGGCCCGCCCCCCGUCAAGACAGGAACUCUGACAGACUCCACCCUCCUCCGACCACCCGCCUCCAUCAACAACACUUACACUCUGCCCUCCUCCCUCACCAACUCCUACGCCUCCAUCCGGAAGCUCAACACGCCCAUCUCCCCCAUGACGCCCACGCCAGCCCACACCACCUACGCCACGCCCCAGCCCUACGCCUCGACCGCAGUCACCCUCACUCCAUGCAGUCGGGAUACCGUUGGGAGUAGGGAUACCUGUAACUCCAGCAGGGAUACGGGCACCAGAGAGACCUGUAAGUCUUCGAAUACCCUCAACCGCUCGGAGGUCAUCGUGGAUCCUUCUGCAGCAGAGCUUCAGGAGAGGUUCAGGCAGAUGGAGGUUGAGCGCCCGAGAGUACGCCUGACGGCGGUGGUGCAGGAGGGCUCCUUCGGGCGCGUCUUCCGCGGCUGGAUCCAGCGCGACCACCCGGAGCAGGAUCAACAGGUCCUGAUCAAGACGGUGACGGAGGGCGCCCCUCACGACGAGCUGGUCCUCCUCUACAGGGAAGGGACUCACCUCUUCAACCUUUACCACCGAAAUGUCCUGACGAUGGUGGGGAUAUCCUUCGCCAACAACUCGUCGCCUUUUCUAAUCUAUCCUUUCCACGGAUACCAGAAUCUCAAAAAGUACCUUCAAGAGCAUCGAGGAGGUCACUUAAGAGCUCCUGAACUUGUGGAGUUAGCAGUCCAGGCUGCUCAGGGGCUUUCAUUCCUCCACACUGCAAACGUGUUGCACGGCGACAUAGCCGCUAGGAACUGCGUCGUGAGCGAGAAGCUUCAGCUGCGCAUCACAGACGCGGCUUUGUCACGUGACCUCUUCCCCUCCGAUUACGAGAGCGUCGAGCACGAGACUCCGCGACCCAUCAAGUGGAUGUCUUACGAAACGAUAAACGAAAACGUCAUCUCCUCUGCCAGCGACGUGUGGUCCUACGGCGUGUUGGUGUGGGAGCUGACGACCUUAGCGCAGCAGCCGUACGUCGAAGUAGCAGCCUGCGAGAUGGGCGAGUACCUCCGCGAUGGGUAUAGGCUUGCCCAGCCUCUCAACUGCCCGGACGACCUGUACAAGGUCAUGGCGUUCUGCUGGGCCAUCCACCCGAAGGACAGGCCUCACGCGAAGCUCAUACUGGACUACAUCGCCGCUUUUCACAAACAACUGAACACCUUCAUAUGAUAUAAGGAGAAGAAGGGCACCGACACGAAGGACAAGACUGGGAAAAAGGGCAAAGGUGCCGAGACCGAGGUGAAGUUCGUCCAGGAGUGCAAAGAGAAGUGUCCGGAGAAGGAGUUCGACGUCAGGAUAAUCGAGGAAGGGGGAACGAAAAAGAGAGCUAGCAAGGAAAUCAAGGAGAGUGGGACGAAGGAUAAGCCAAAGGUUAAGAAGUGAAUGUACUGGAAUACGAAUAUCAGACAAGAUAAUGAGGUCCCAGUGAGUCUUGGAUGAUAGUAACUAUACGAUGAACCUGUUAAGGAUUUCACUUAGAUACAAAGACUUGUGUAAACGUAAUCCAGUUAAUGAAGAACUGUGUAAAAAAAAAAAGGAAGACUAGAAUUUAAAAGUAAGUUGUGAACUUACCAGAAAAUACCUCUGAAAUACCCAUUCACGUCUAUUCAACAUCAAGGUGCUAUAGUAUAAAACAAAGAUAUUUCAUA